CCCGGCAGGCAGAACAGCCUGCUCCUGGAGCAGCAGCGGGAGCAGGAGCGCAGCCGGCACAACGAAAGUCCAAUCAUCCUUGCCGAGAGACUGAACAAGCCGCCACCGCCGAUCGCCGGUCAUCAUCACCAUCAUCUGCAGCCGUACCAUCAACAGCAUCAUCAACAGCAACAUCAACAGCAACAGUUUCAUCAUCAUCAACAGCAUCAUCAGCAGCGUUACUCUGCCGAUAGUCCGGUGAUCCAUCAUCAUCAUCAACAACAGCAACAGCAACAGCAGCAGCAUCAUCACCAUCAGCUAGCGAGCAGUCAACAUCAUCACCAUUCCGCCGCACGCUUGACCCCGUCGAGCCUCCUCGAGGUGCAACAGCAGUCUCACACAUCGAGGGGUGGCGAUGAGGCCGGCCUUAUGGAAGUGGAGGCCGGGGCCGGUAUACCUGGAACAGGCGUACUCGCCGGUGUGCCCACGGCAGUCGGCGGCAUACGCACUUCCGGAGGCAGCAGCGGUGCUGCCGGCGUCGCCGGUACGUACGGCGAUAGCGGUUCCGAUAGCGGGGUGAGCUCGCUGAGGAGCACCGGUUCCGGCGACGAGAGAAGCGGCAGCAGAAGUUCGGCGCUUAGCGUCGAGGAAACGACGUCGUCCUCGACGUCGUCGGCAGUCGCGGCUGCUACGCCAGCCAGAGUCUGGCACGUGCAAAGCGUUCAACACACAUCGCUACUGAUGGCGCAUCCGUCUCAGGGUGGGCCCAAUGCUGGCGCUGGCGCCGCGGCCACGGCGCCACCGGUCGGAUAUCAGAGUCCCGCUCCACCGAGUCAUCACCCUUCCGUCGCAACCGAGAUGCUCUGGAAGUCGUCCAGGUAUUAUCCACCGAUUCCGCAGACGCUUCUGGCUCCGCAGCCACCGAGUACAGAGGAACUACUCGAGAGGGAUCGUCACGAGAGGCUGCUACGGGAACGCCGCGAAUCGGAUUCUUUGCGAGAGGCGAAGGAACGAGAAAGGCUUGAAAAACAACGGGCUGAGCAAGCAGUUCACGAACAUUUCAAGGAGUCUCUCAGGCUGGCGCAUCAAAAGAUAUCUUAUGUCCCGCAGAGGAGCAUGCAGUCGACGUCAAUGCCAUGGAACAAUUUCCUUGCGAUGGCGCCGCCCGGGGCGGGAAGAACGCACGGGGCACCGCCACCGCAUUCGGGACUGACGGCACACGGUCAUCACGGCCAUCCCGGUGGUCCGCCGGGCGCGGUAACGAGUGGAGCCGCGCAUCCUGUGACCGUGGCGCAACACAACCGUGAACGCGAGGAGCGGGAGGCUCUGGAACGUGAACGGGAGCGAGACGUCCGGGAACAGCGCGAACGGGAGCGUGAACGAGAACAACACCUGGCCGCGGCCGAAAGGCUGCACCGAGUCGAGGCUAGAGAUCACGUCGCGCAGCAGAGGGCCGCCUACUACGCGUCCACUGCGCCGCCGGCUCAACAGGUUUCUCGACCUUCGAGCGUGCCCGGGAAAGUGGAAUAUCCGCCGCCAGCGCACUCAAGAACGUCGAAGUCGUCGCUGCCGGUCGGCGUCCACGAGAAAUCGUCGGUGGUUGGUUCGACGCACAGCUCGUUGCCAAAAGCUGAGCCGAAUGUAAGCAUGUUUACCAUCCCCUAUUUGGCAGAAAUUACGCCCCAGACGCAAUACAUGUCGAAGGAAAAUGUCUUCACGAGAAAUAAAUUGCCGGACAAGUCACUAUCGAGCAAGAGCGGACUUUCCGGAGGCCUCGAUAGGGAACACCAUCCUGGUAGAGAGGUGUUGCAAAAUCCGCCCUCCUUGCUGUCGGACCACAAAAGUUCGGUGAUCGUAAAGAAUGAGGGCAGAGAGCUGCCAAAAGCACCGGUGCAGCAGCACUCGUCCAGCCCAAAAAUAAUGUCUUACCUGAACGUCCAGCCUCAGCACAAGUCGUACGAGUACAGGAGUCCAACGCAGAGUCCGCACCUACAUCCUACACAUUUAGACAGUUUACAGACAGCAAAAAAUAUCCCGCCGUCCGCGAGUCAUCAUCGAAGUAGCGGUGGCGCGCCAACGACGACAACGCAACUAUCGAGUUCGCACGGUCAUCCACCGCCGCCGCCUCCGGCGCCGGCGCCGGCGCCGGUCCAAAUCUCGCACAAUCCCCGUCAAUCCCCGCACACUCAGGCGCAGCAUCCUCAUCAACCACCACCACCACCGCAUCCCUCGCCACCCGAUCCGCGUUAUAUCAGCAGGCCGGAUCCCGCGAUUGCGUACGGCCCAACCAAGUCCACGUAUCCGUAUCCUCAUUCGCAUCCGCCCACGGCCUCGCCAACGGCGUCGUCUCACUAUGCUGCGCCGCCACCGGCUGGCUCCAAACCGAAAGUCAGCAGUCCGGCGCCACCGCACAUCUACGGCAAGCCUAACUCCGGCAUCAUGACCGGUACGCCAGUGUGCCGUGCCUCGGAGCCGCCUGUCGCAGCGCCGAUACCGUUGACUUCGAAGGCCGGCAGUUCGCCUUACCAGCAAGUGCCUCAUCAUCACGGGGCGCCGCCGACGCCACUGCCGUUGCCGCCGCCUGCGCACAGUAGCCGGUCUGUCUAUGAUAGUCGGGCUGGCUUCGCUGGCUCGUUACCGGGCGCGAAGCUGCCGUUACCGCCGCCGCCGCUGCACAGCUCGCCGCCCACGGCUACCUCGGCGCCGCACUCAAGGUCAAUAGCCCAUCCUGCUCAUUCGGCACAUCUCAAUACAAAUCCUCACCAACCAAGCCAAACGAUGCAGCAGCACACGCAAUCUCAGAUCACUACGGCCUUCCAAACGCAACCGCUUGAUCUUGGACCUGUGGAGAGAUCGGGCUCACCGAAGAGGAAAGCGCCAACACCUUUAUCCGACACUAUGGGCAAUCAACCCGUAUCUUUAGAAGUUUGUAAGAAACGAAGAACCGAAGAACCACAACCGUUGUCUUUGCAAUGCGUUGGCCCGCCCGUUCUGUCCAGGGUGAGCGAGCCAAGCCCACUCAUCGCUUCGGCCGCAACAUCUAUCACUACCGUCGUGAACACCGCGGCGUUGUUGGCGCAACCGAAUAACAAUCAGACGCAGGAGCAGCGCACGGUGACGGCGGAGAGUCCAACGCCGAGAACCGCCAGCGGUGACGGAUCUGUGCGACCUGCUAGCACCGGCAGCGUAUGCUCGUUGAAUCCAACGCCGGUCAGCGCGGCACCGAGCCCGGCGCCAAUACCGAGCCCGGCGCCGUCGACGGCACCUAGUCCGGCACCGAGCGCGCCUGGAACGCCCGCCAAGGUAAACACCAGCGUGGACAGCGAGAAGUCCAACAGUCCAGCGCCAAGACCGCCCAGCAGCACUAGCUAUCCGGUGCACAAGCUCAAGAAACAGUGGCUGCAGAGACACUCGAGGUGCGCGGACGGCACCGAAGAUACGAGCGGCAGCGCUUCCUGUGUCACGUUACCUUUGAACAUUUCUCGUGAAACGAACAACAAGGACAGCAACAGCACGUCGUCGAACAAUAGUAGUGCGCCGACCACCUGUCUACCUAGCGCGGUUAACUCGAUUCAGAAUAUCGGUAGCAUGGCUGUGAAUAGCAUCAACAAGAGUAAAGUCACUGGUAAGAGCGGUCGGAAACCGGCUAACAAGGAGUCGUUAAACGGUCACGCCACCGAUACCAGCAAAGCUGCGCAAGAAGAUUCGUCUAGCAGCGACCCGGAAAGGAAGUCGCCGCCUAAACGCAAACCACCCAAGGUAAAACGAAAGAAGGGAGCCCCACGGAGGCAACAAACAGCCGCCGAAGAUCAGCGGAGGCGAAAAGAAGACAAGCAGGGUAGCAGAGCUGGUCCAGGCAGCGAGUCCAGCAAUGAGAGCGAGGCAGGCUCUGCGAGUGACACCAGCGAACAGUUGAGCUCCAUUCAACCAACGUCCAGGGUUCGACACACUACGGCUAAUUCCAACAAUUCGUCGGGAAACGGAAGUAACAAGGAACCUAGGAAACGUGGUAGGAGACCAAAGACUACGAAGAGUAAUGAUGUAGGAGGUGAUGAUCAACAACCUCGUCAAAAAAAGGAACGCAGAGACGACAGCUCGAACGGAGGUAACAAUGGCCCGGGCGGCAGUGGCGAACGUCCCUUUCGCAAACCACCAGUGUCGCAAUUGAAAAAAACCGGCGAGAGUUUUUUGCAAGACGGCGCCUGUUUCGAGGUAGCAUCGAGGCUGGCCAAGUGUCGUGAAUGUCGAUGGAUGCCGCACCAACGCUCCAAGAGUCUUUCCCAAAACAUCUUCUGCAGAUUUUACGCGUUUCGCAGAUUGCGCUACACCAAAAACGGACAAUUGGCCAUAGCAGGAUUCAGUGACCCGCACAAGGAUGCGUCCGAGGAAGAUCUUCGAUUAUGGUUGCCAGGGAAAAGUAAUCAAGACACGGAAACAGACGAUAAAUCGGACAAAAGUGAAGACCGAGAAGAUCUAGACUUGGAAAUGGCUCAUCGUCUGCUACAGCAAGUUGGCGAUCAAUUCUGCGAUCUUUUACAUCAAGAAAAGGAUGCUCUUCAAGAACAUAUGGCUGAAGCGAGUUCGGGAAUUGUAGACGGAACGGUAGCGUGGAAACGAGUGAUCCAGGGUGUUCGUGAGAUGUGCGACGUAUGCGAGACCACCUUGUUCAAUUAUCAUUGGGCUUGCGCCAAGUGCGGAUUCGUCGUGUGCAUCGAUUGUUACAAGGGACGCAAAAAUGGCACGAUCAAAAUCUGGGGUGAGAGUGGCAAGGAUCGGGACGACUUCUCGUGGCUUCUUUGCACGAAUAAACAAGCGCACGAACCAGAGCGAUUGAUGCUCACGCAAAUCAUCGCCGGUGAUAGUCUCUUGCGUCUGGGCCAGCGUCUGCACGAGUGUCGCGCAGAAUGGGGAAUUCCGCAGCACUGCGCUUGCUCUCUUGUAACUCGAAUGUCGUGCAACGAAAUUCUACGAAAUUUAAUCAAAGGUGAUUCGGUCCCCGUUCUCAAUGGAAAUAUAAAGCAAGAACUGAAAGAGGAGAAAAAGAUAAAUGAGUCCAAUGGCGCGUCGGAGAGCAAGACCAACGGAGAGGACAAAAACUCGCCGUUAAAUUGGCUGGCAGACGUGGCGUUGCAAAAUCAGGACAAGAACGAUAGCGGCUCGGAUUCGGAUUCUGACGAGGAUCGCGAGGGUAACUACUCGACGUUGCGAGAGUUGCUCACUAAAUCGAACAAGGCGAAUGGUAGCGGCGGUUCCAGAUCUAAUUCGCCCACGAAUAAUACGGGCGGUAACGCGAAUACUACUGGCGCUAGCAAUAACGCUGUGCAGAACAACGUCGCCAAAUCCGGCAAGAAGUCGAAGAUGGAUACGCUCGACGAGGUGAUAUCCAGCGUAAUCGAGCAUCGCGUGAAGAAAGAAAAGGACAGCGGUUUGGAUGAUGAAAAGCCUCGGGAAUUGAAGCAUUUUGUACGACGUUAUAAAUGGACGCAGCCGGGCCGAGAGCCAUUACCAAUCAGAAUCAUGACCUUGACCGAGAGCAAGAGUCUCUACCCAGAUGUGCCGCACUCGUGGUUGUGCGACGGCAAGCUGUUGAAAUUGAACGAUCCCAACAAUCCGAAUAACUAUCGAAUAUUCCAGGAUCAGUGGAAACGAGGACAGCCGGUAAUCGUGUCGGACGUCGCCAAAGCGUUGGAUGUGAAUCUCUGGCACCCGGAUUCAUUUGCACGCGAUUUUGGCGAUGAGAAAAACGAUCUUAUCAACUGCAUGACCGGAAAUCUGGUACCGAAUCAGCCGAUGCGCAAAUUCUGGGAGGGAUUCGAGAACUUUUCGAAACGUCUCAAAGAUGAGCGUGGGAAUCCAAUGCUGCUGAAACUCAAGGACUGGCCACCGGGCGAGGACUUUGCCGAACUGCUGCCGUCGAGAUUCACGGAUCUGAUGAAGGUUCUUCCAUUAUCAGAAUACACACACAGAAACGGCAGAUUGAAUCUCGCGAGUCGUCUGCCCAAUUGUUUCGUGAGGCCGGAUCUGGGUCCAAAGAUGUAUAACGCUUACGGUUCCGCUCUUCAUUCCAACAAAGGCACAACUAAUCUACAUCUUGAUAUUUCUGACGCCGUGAAUGUUAUGGUAUAUGUGGGAAUUCCAAAGGACGCCGACAGUGACGAGCACAUUAAAGAAGCGUUAAGAGCGAUAGACGAAGCAGGCUGUGAUAUUCUGACGCGUCGACGUGUUCGCGAUCGCGGCGAGGCGCCUGGUGCUUUGUGGCACAUUUAUGCGGCGCGCGACGCAGACAAAAUCCGAGACCUUCUGAAUGCUGUUGCCUUAGAACGCGGAGCUCGCUUGGAGCCACAUCACGAUCCCAUACACGAUCAAAGUUGUUAUCUUGAUGGACCAUUACGGGAGCGAUUGUAUCGAGAAUACGGUGUCGAAGGAUAUGCCAUCGUCCAGUGUUUAGGCGACGCAGUAUUUGUGCCAGCUGGUGCGCCGCAUCAAGUUCGUAAUCUUCACAAUUGCAUAAAAGUAGCCGAGGACUUUGUAUCGCCGGAAAACGUUUCGCAUUGUUUCCAUCUGACGCAAGAAUUCCGUGCGCUUUCCGACACGCACACCAAUCACGAAGACAAGCUCCAGAUCAAGAAUAUCAUUUACCACGCCGUGAAGGACUCUCUGACCGUUCUAGCCAAUGUCAAGGAGGAGACUCUCGCCAAACUCGCCAAGGCAAACAACGAGACGAAGGUGAAGGAAGAGACGUAGCCCUAAAGUCGCAAGAUGAAGAUGAACACUUUCGAGUCCAUCCCGUGAUUGGGAUCAAUUCGUCUCGUCGAAGGACAAGAAGAAUAAAACCGUUGCCGGUGCUCCCUUCAGCCGACGAGACUUGGAGGAUUUGCAGAGAAUCGCCCCUCGGCCGCGAAAAGGUAGUCGCGGGAGGUGCGGAAAUAUGUUGUGAUAUUGACGACUAAUCGAAAGAUUUAAUUCACGAUACAUUGGCUGAGCCAAUAAACCAUUAGUUUUACUCAUUGUUUCAUCCGAUUUCUCCUAUAUGCACAAUAUCUUUUUUGCUCUCCCGCAUUUCAUCUCCGAGAUAGGCACCCGUGGACAUGAAGUCCGACGAGCUCUACUACGAUUGAACUACGAAGAAAACAAUUGUGGGUUGGGUCGCGCUUAGGUAGAAGAAAAGAAAAAAGAAAAACGCCGCGUCCAUUAAUAUUGUGAUAACAGAAGGACUUUGGAUUGUAUACAUUAUUUGUAAUUAAUUAUAUUGUGCCUGUAUCCAAUACACACACUGUCUAUAUUAUAUAAAUGUAGAUAAUUGAGAUAUUGUGUAAUGAAUUUUUGCUAGCAACUAUCGAAAGGAGAAUGAGAGAGAGAAAGAGAGAAAGGGAGAGAGAGAACGAGAGAGAGAGAGAGAGAAAGAGAAAGAAAAACAAGUUGUCUAGAACAUACCUUUGUGCAAUUAGAUGUUGAUAACCAAAUUAUUCUAGCUGAUCCAGCGGUAAAUGUGAAUUCAUUUAUUCGUGUGCUCUGGUGAUCUGGUGCUUUCGGUAUUUCGUCAAAGCCCCGGCCAGAGAUAGCCGAUACGUAUUCGCGUUUAGGUUUUCUUAUUAUGUUCCAUGCGACAGACUGUAAGAAAUAUGAAACACUGCCUAAUCGGUUCGACGACAAUGAAAAAAUAAAAAUAAAAAAUAAAAAAAUAAAAAAAAACGACAAAUCUUUCUCGCACCUUAAAUAGGCCAUUUGUAUCGUUCGCGAAGCGACAUUCGUUGCGAAGACGUAUUAUUCUGCACGGCGACUUAUGUAUCGGUUAUUAUGAGCGGCAGGGGUGCUACAAGUUUUGUAUGUCACUUCGAUUAUAAAUAAGGCUCAUCAGAACCAAAAAAGAAAAAAAUAACUUCUUCGAUAUUAACUUUCCGAAAUACAAUAUGGCGGAUAUGAUGGAAAUAGACCGUCGAAUUAUAAACGUGUGUUUCAUUGCUGUCGUAACCCAGUGACUACUACCCUGCGUGUAACAAAUAGGGAUACUAAGAAAAUAAAUGUUAUUUUUGUCAAAGCACAUUAUUACAGAAGCCAUCUGUGUCUGAUUGAUGAAAAACUGAAAACAAAAAAAGACAGCGUUAAUGUAACGAUAAUUGUAUUAAUGUAACGAGAUGCUAACUGGUAAAUAAAAAUUGUUUGUGGUGACGCUUAAGAGAAACAAGAUAACAAAAAUAACGACUUUCGAAGUGCCAAUGUUGAAGUAAUGACGUGACAUUUAAGUGUGCGCGCGGGGUUGUGUGCGUCGUUUACGCGUAGGUAGAACAAAAACAAAAAGGAGAAAAAAAAAAUUUUAAUCGCGCAGAAUGCGCAGAGAGAGAUGACAGGCCGAGUGUUCCUAUCAUUUCGUGAUGAUUUGUGCAAACGACGAGAGAAGGGUUUCUUCCCCGUCUUUUGCAUCGUCAUUGAUGAUUCGAAAUCUGCUGUUGCUUCCAGUUUUAUUUUUGCUAUUUUUUUUUUUUUUUUGCUAUUUUUGUUUAACAUGCGUAAGUGAAAGAGAAUAGGAUGAAAUAAAGUUUUCUCUCGGUAUUUUUGCGUUCAAGUAUUUAUAAGCGCGACAGCUGACGACAGCAGGUCUCGGAUCGAAUAUAGGCGUCGGUAUGCGCCAUUCUCGCGCCGAUCAAUGUGGUCGUCUAUUUACGGCUGAUAUAAAUGACACAAGAUGAAGUAAAAGUAAAUUAAAAAAAAAAAAAAAAUGGAUUGAACACGGAAAAGAAUAAAAAAAAAAAACAAAAAAAAUCACUGGCAUCCUGGAAUCCGCAAUUUCUUUGAUCUCAACAUUCGUCUAGCAUACAACGACUUGAUUAAAUAUUUAACGAGUAAAUUUUUAAAUAUCUUAGUGUUGAUAUAAGUAAUGAUUAUAUAUAUAUAUAAAUAUAUAUAUAUGGGAAUUGUGUAAGCUAUAAAAAAAAAAAAAAAACACAAACCAACAAUAACAAAAGUACUAACUCCACAACGCGGCGGUGUAUAAAGUUCUAUAGAAAAGACGUAUUUCUGUGUAUUAUUGCUGCAGACAAGACGCUAUUGUUUGUUCUCUUGCUACGUGUAUAUGUAUAUAUAUACAUACAUUUAUAUACAUCCGUAUAUAUGUAUACAAAAAAAAAAAAAAAAAAUUACAUAUAAAUACGAGAGAGAAGGCGAAAGAGAAGUCUAGGACUUGUAACACUAAGGAAGAGAGUACACACGACCUUUAACGAGACACGAGAAGAAAAACCUACACCUUACACGCAUAGGUAGACAGUUUAUUAUGCCAUUAUUAUAAUUAUUACAUUAUCAUUAUAUAUAUAAUUAUACGGAAUUAUUACGAAAAAAAAAUACGAUAUUUAAAUGUUGCUAAAUAUGCCGAGAAGAGUACGAGCACGAGCGUGCGAGUGUAAAUCAUUAAAAACAAAAAAAAA